GCCACACGCCCUUGUCUCCCCCACAUCACCAUCACCCUUAUCGCCUCCCCCCAUAAAACCCAUCCGGCCUCAUCCCUGCCUCGUCCUCAACUCUGCAGAAAUUUUUGCUGGUCUCCCUCCUAUAUCCUGAACUGGGUUUGAGGAAAGAAGGGAUCUUGCACCCCACGGUGGAGGCUGUCGAGGCUCGAGGUGUUGCAUUUCGGGGUUUCUUGAGGUUUUGCUGACUUGGGUGGCGGGAUCUUUGGAGGCAUUGGUCCAGGGAUGCUAGGUCUAGAAAUGCCUCUGCAUCAUCAGCAACAGAACCCCCCAAAUGCCCAAAACCCUCACUCCUUGCACCACCCACAGGUGGUGGGCUAUGCCCACCACGAGGCUGACCACCACCCUCAGUCUCAGCCGCCGGGGAAACCUGGGUAUGCCUACGCUUCUAAGUCCAAGCAACAGCUGACCCUUAGCGACGACGACGAGGCCGGGUUCAAUGCUGAUGAUAGCGCCGGGGACGGCAAGAGGAAGGCGUCCCCGUGGCAGAGGAUGAAGUGGACCGACACCAUGGUUAAGCUCCUGAUAAUGGCCGUGCUCUAUAUCGGCGACGAAGGAGGUUCGGAGUCGAACGACCCCAAAAAGAAGCCCGGGGGUUUGCUUCAGAAGAAAGGGAAGUGGAAGUCGGUGUCGCGAGCUAUGAUGGAAAAGGGGUUCUACGUGUCGCCGCAGCAGUGCGAGGACAAGUUCAAUGAUUUGAAUAAGAGGUAUAAGCGGGUGAACGACAUACUUGGGAAGGGGACGGCUUGCCGGGUGGUGGAGAACCAGAGCUUGUUGGAAAUGAUGGAUUUGUCGCCGAAGAUGAAGGAAGAAGUUAAGAAGCUGCUCAACUCGAAGCAUUUGUUCUUUAGAGAGAUGUGUGCUUAUCAUAAUAGUUGCGGUCAUGGUCCUGGCGGUAGUGGUGGCGCCGGCGGUGCCCACCACUCACCUGAGGUGGCUGUGGAGCCAUCUCACAUCCAGCAGCAGCAGCAGGUGACUCAGCGAGGGUGCUUUCACGCUGCGGACUCUGUGGCUGGUGAUCAUUUGGGUAAAACAGAAACUGAGGCUUCAAAGAUGGUAAAGGGAGGAAGCGGCGAAGAAGAAUACGGCGACGAUGAGGACGAAGAUUCGGAAGACGAGGAUGACGAUGAAAGUGAUGAUGAGGUGGGAGAAGGUGGUUCGAGGGGUCACAGUGCGCAGGGACAUGAAGAUGAACAUGAUCAUAGCGAGAGGACAUCGUCGCUCAAAAGGCCGAGGAGAUGCCUACUCUCGCUCUCUACAGCACUCGUGCAGCAACUGAGUGGUGAGGCAACGAGUGUGAUGCAAGACGGCAAUAGGAGUCCGUGGGAGAAGAAGCAGUGGAUGAAGGCGAAGCUGUUGCAUCUGGAGGAGCAGCAAGUGAGCUACCAGCUGCAGGCGUUCGAGCUCGAGAAGCAGCGGCUGAAGUGGGUGAGGUUCAGCGGCAAGAAGGAUAGGGAAAUGGAGAGAGCCAAGCUCGAGAACGAGCGGAGGAGGCUCGAGAACGAGAGAAUGGUGCUUGUCAUCCGCCAGAAGGACCUCGAAUUGCUCGAUCUUCAACAGCAGCAGCAACAUUCAUCCAACAAACGGAGUGAACCGUCGUCGGUCACGGGAUAAUUUGUACAUUUUAUAAGAUAGAGUAGACACAAAGAACUGGUUAUUCUUCAGCAGAAGUGUUAGUUGUGAUCUCAGUAUUUCUGUAUGAAUUGAAUUGCUUAGCUGUUUUCUUUAGAA